AUGGAUAAUAUGUCAGUUAAGAGUCCACUCCUGAGAAUCCAGGGUUUUGAUAUCCCAGAGAACUUUGUGUACCCUUUGUUUUUCUUAAUGCUCUUGGUUUACGUCGCUCUUGUGACCUCCAACACUGGGGUUCUCCUUCUCAUUAUCUCAGAGAAAAGCCUGCAGCAGCCCAUGUACGUUCUAUUUUGCAACCUCUCUGUUAAUGAUCUGCUUGGAAACACCGUCUUAAUCCCACGCUUGAUGUUAGACAUCAUAUCUUCUGAAAGGCAAAUCUCCUACAAUGAAUGUGUCCUUCAAGCAUUCUGCAGCCAUACAUAUGGUUCAGCUUCUCACUUCAUACUUAUCAUAAUGGCCUUUGACAGAUACGUGGCUAUAAAUCACCCACUGAGGUAUGCUUCGGUGAUGACCACUGAUGCUGUGGUGAAACUAUCUGUCUCUGCCUGGGGACUUUCUCUCGUCUUAGUGUCCAUUCUGCUGGGCCUCACAGUUCGACUGUCUCGAUGCCACAGUCUCAUCCAGAAUGCGUACUGUGACAAUGCAGGCCUCUUCAAACUUUCCUGUGAAGAUGUGACCAUUAAUAAUAUUUACGGACUCUUUUUCACAGUGGUGUUGUUUGCCUGCUCCAUGGGCAGCAUCUGUGUCACAUAUCUUCAAAUAGCUGUCGUUUGCUGGAAUAAGAAAAACAAGGAUCUGAACACCAAAGCACUGCAGACAUGUGCAAGUCAUCUCGUCCUCUUCCUGGUCAUGUGGGCCACUGGGUUUCUCACCAUUAUCCUGCACCGUUUCCCAAACUACCCUGAUCUGCGAAAAGUGUCAUACAUUUUAUUUCAUGUUAUUCCUGCUAAUUUAAACCCCAUUAUUUAUGCAAUGCAAACAAAAUUACUACGGGAAAAAAUUUUGCAAAUGUUCAACAGGAAAGUGACAAACUUUUAA